AUGCGAACAUUGGCGUGUGAUAAUAUUGGAGUGAAAAUCCAUGGUUGGCAGUUAUAUCAACUUCGCUUUGCUGAUGACAUCGUCCUUAUAACACCGAACAUUAGCCAAGAGGAACGCAUGCUUGCCGACUUUGAUAAAGCCUGUGGAAAGAUUGGUCUUCGACUAAAUUUCACAAAAACGAUGUUCAUGAAGAGCGGAUUGGUUUCGCAUGCCCCAUUCACGCUCAACGGAACGAAUGUCUCUGAAUGCUCCAGUUAUGUCUAUAUAGGUUGGGAAAUCAACAUGUUGAUCGACUUGGCUUCUGAGUUAAGCAGAAGGAAACGAGUGGCUUGGGGAGCUUUCGAGAGCAUCGAGGAUGUAGUGAAGAGGACAAAGAACACCCGAAUCGGUGCCCAUAUUUUCGACUCAACGCUACAUCCUGCGCUAAUGUAUGCGUCAGAAACCUGGUCGUUGCGUAAGCAGGAUGAAAGAUUACUCAGCGUUAUUGAACAUGCAGUCGAAACGAUUCUAGGAGCGUCCUGUUUCACCCAAGCAAGGGAAGGGAUCCGAAGCUCCGACCUGCGUCAAUGA